AUGGAGCAGAUCAAUAACAUUCAGGUGGUUCCGUGCACCAGCUCGAACUAUUUGAGACCGUUUAGGGUGCAUUAUAACCAGAAUGGAACAAAGAAGUCCUGGGACUUUAUGCAAACCCAUGAUAGUGUCUCUGUGCUGAUUUUCAACACCACAUCACACUGUUUCAUCUUGGUCAAGCAGUUUCGCCCAGCUGUAUACAUGAGCGAAUGGGAGCGAAGCAAACCCAAGCCCCUGCAGCCUGCGGAAGAAGAGUCAGAAUCAACAGAACCCAAAGUCCCGGAAGAGGACAAAGCAGGGGAGACGAGCGAAGAGACGUCCAGCCACCAACCUCCAGCUUCGGCAGGCGUGACCUUUGAGCUGUGUGCAGGCCUUGUGGACAAACCCAACCUCUCUCUGGAGGAGAUCGCCAGGCAGGAGGUGCUGGAGGAGUGCGGCUAUGAUGUACCAGUCACCAAACUGAGAAAGAUCACGUCAUACAGGUCAGGAGUGGGAGUCACUGGAUCCAAGCAGACCAUGUUUUACGCCGAGGUGUCCGAAGAGAACCGCGUCGGAGAGGGAGGAGGUAAACCUCAAGAGGGUGAACUGAUCGAGGUGGUUAAAGUUCCCCUUCACGAAGCCAUGACCUUCGCCUUUGACGAGAGCAUCCCGAAAACAAUGGGAGUCAUUUUCAGCUUCAUCUGGUUCCACAGCAACAUGUCGCCGAAGUACAAGAUCUCCACCAACGUGUAA